AUGGCGACCGACAACCAGCUCGCGCUCACAAGAGCAUACAGAGGCAGUGCACCCAACCUGAACAAGACAGCACGCCAGGUCGUCCCACAAUUUUUGCAGAAAUUAUACGAGUUGCUCAAUGAUCCGACGAAUAACGAUCUUAUACGGUGGUCAGAUAACGGGGACUCCUUUUUCGUACUAGACAAUGAACGCUUUCGGGACGUACUCGGACGAUGGUUCAAACACCAGAAAUUCCCGUCGUUCGUCCGUCAACUCAACAUGUACGGCUUCCAUAAAAUCCCGCAUCUCCAGCACGGAACUCUCAAGAGCGACUCCGAGACCGAACUCUGGAAUUUCGAACACCCAAACUUCCUUCGCGGCCAACCCGACCUUCUCUGUCUCAUACAACGUAAGAAGCAGGCGAACCAAGGAGCAAACGCGCCCAAUACGCAGAUACUCGACAUAAACUCGAUCAUGAAUGGUAUUGCGGCCGUCAAACGUCAUCAGCAAACCAUCUCUGCUGAUCUGAACGAGCUCAAGUCGUCGAACCAACAUUUGUGGCAAGAGGCUAUCACAGCUCGUGAGCGCCACAAGGCCCACCAGGACACGAUCAACCGGAUUCUGAAGUUCUUAGCGAGCGUUUUUGGGAAU